AUGGAGAUGGAUGAGGAUGAGGAGUCCAUAAUUGUCUGUUUCAUCUGUCAUGCAAGACUCAUUCGUUGCAGGAGAUUGCAACAACAGGCUAUUGAGUCAAAUGCAGUUCUGGAGCAGUUGCUUGCAGGAGGGUCCAUGUCAAUACCAAAACCACAUGAGGCUAGAGAUGAGAUUCAAUUCACACCAAUUAAUCAUAUAGAUAUCUGGCCAGUAGAGUGUGAUAUAGAAAAUGAUUGUAAGGAUGACAUUUUUAGCCUUGAAUCUGUUAAAGUUGAGGAAGAGAAAAUCGGAAAUGAGAAUUUCGAAUUUGAAGUAAACAGGAGUCAUGAAAUAGAUACUGCUGGAAAACAAGAAGACGUGGAGAUUGAUGCUUUUGAAGAUCGACAUGAAGAUUCGGAGAACGAAUUGCCACUAAUUUCAUUAGGUGCAAAGAGUAAAAGCGAUGACGUUGACAUAGAACAAACCUGCAUACAAACAAAUAUGUUUUCGAAACCGUCUCUGCAAGCUUUAGAAGCUAUGGAGCAACUAGGAAAUGCUCCGCAUCGUCGUCGUAAGGUUUACCAGAAGAGAUAUGAUCCGUUUUCUUUGCCCGAUGUAGAGUUCAAAAAGCGAUACCGCUUCAAUAAACAUACGGCAUCUUUUAUAAUUGAUCUUGUAAGGCAAGAUUUACAACUGGACCCAAGGGGUUGUGGUACAUCACCAGAAUUGCAGGUGUUAACUGCCAUUAGAUGUUGGGGACGUCGUGAAGUUCAAGAUGAUGGGGGAGACCUUCAUGGGUUGACACAACUGUGA